GUCUGUUCUAUUUACGAACAAAGCGAACGAACUGAUGCACACGAUCACCACCGAUCGAGUGGCAUCUUCCUCGCUUCGCUUGUCAAACCGGCACUCGGAAGACGGAAUAGAUAGAACCGAACACUUUGUUGGUGCGAUGAAGUUGUCCAUUCGCAUUAUUUGUGCAUUAUUGUUCGUGCAUUUGUGUUUUGCUGCGCCAAACAGCAAUAGAUACGAUGAUGAAGAUUCACGGGAAAAUUCGAUCGCUGCUGUAGAGCAGGGCAAGCAGGUCCAUCAGUUCGAUUUGCUCAUUUUCACCCAACGCUGGCCGAUCACCGCCUGCUACGAGUGGCGUGAAACGGGCAAAGAGCACAUCUGCGGCCUACCGACACCGGCCACCGUCUGGACGAUCCAUGGCAUUUGGCCCACGAAGCUAAACACGAUCGGGCCCGCCUUCUGCAACAAGUCGGCCAUUUUCGAUGUGUCGCAGCUCAGCCCGAUCGAGCCGCAGCUCGAGGCGCACUGGGUCAAUGUGGAGAAGAACAAACCGGACGAUUCGCUCUGGGAGCACGAAUGGCUCAAGCACGGUACCUGUGCCGCCGAAGCGAUCGAGCAGCUUAACACGGAGGCGAAAUACUUCGGCCAAGGUUUGAGCUGGCUGGAGCAACAUUCUGUGAGCGCCGCGUUCGCUACGAACGGAGACAUUAAGCCCGGAUUUAACUACAGUCUGCCCACGCUCAACAAGGCACUGUACGAUUACUACGGGAAGAAUGUGGCGAUCGAGUGCUUUUUCGACCGCAAGACGCACCAACAGUUUCUGAACGAGGUGCGCAUCUGUUUCGACAAGCAGCUACAGUCGGCCGAUUGCGACGGGAUCGUUGGGCUGGAGCGUAUCGUGCUGCCCAACUCGCGGGUGGGUACGGUGAUUAGUAACUGCAACGCCGCCAAACCCAUCUUCUAUCCGGACGCUGUACCAAAGAAGCAGGAGAAGAAGGAGGAGGAUGAGGAGGAGGUUUCGCAAUCGGAUCGUGAUGUAGUUUACGAAACGGUGUACGAAAUAUCCGAUGGAAAGACCGAAAUUGAGGUAAUUCUUGUUUAAGUUCCUCUCUUCGAAGGUACUAUUUUUGUAAAGGCCAUGCAAUUCAUUUCAUAAAACGUAUAGCUUAUGGUUAUGUUCGGAUAGUUGUUACACUCCUCUAUCGAAUUGAGCUACGAACGGAAAUUAAGAUCAUUUUGAAUAAAAGAGAACCUAUUUUCCCAUCAAA